AGGAAAUAUCAAAAAUUAGUUGAUUUUGCAAUAGUAUCAAGAUGAGAAGUGUGGUGAUAGUUUGUUGCUUUACGGUUAUUUUACAUUCAGUGUUUUCGGAUGGUGGUAAUUCAAGACCUCACAUUAUACUUAUUAUCGCAGAUGAUGUCGGUUGGAACGACUUUAGUUUCCACGGAUCGAAUCAAAUUCCCACCCCAAACAUUGACGCCCUGGGAUAUAACGGGGUCAUUUUGGAUAGAUUUUACACACAAGCGAUAUGCACUCCUUCAAGGGCCGCUCUCCUAACAGGAAUAUACCCAAUGAGAUAUGGGUAUCAAGGGAUCCCGUUGAGUUGUGGUGAAGAGAGGCCACUUAGGUCCGAUAUUGAACUUUUACCACAAAAAUUGAAAAAACUCGGUUAUAAAACUCAUUUGGUGGGUAAGUGGCAUUUGGGGGCUGCCAGAAAAAAUGAAACGCCCACAGAGAGAGGAUUCGACUCGCAUUUCGGAUACUGGAACGGAUUUAUCGGAUAUUAUGACUAUUUCGCUUAUCAAAAUAUGGAGCGUGACUGGCAGAUUAAGGGAUUUUGGUCGGGGUUGGACUUACACGACGGACUAAAACCCAUUUGGGAUUAUCAAGGAAAGUAUGCCACAGACGUGUUCACGGAAAAAUCUCUAGAAAUAAUUGAAAAUCACAAUAAAUCAGAACCGUUGUUUUUAUAUCUGGGCCAUUUGGCAGGUCAUACAGGCGCUUAUGGUACUGAACUCGGGGUUCCAAAUAUUACCGUAACUGACGAAAAGUUUUAUUACAUUGAUGACCCUAUGAGAAGAAGAUAUGCUGAUAUAGUUUAUCAAUUGGACAAAUCUGUGGGAAAAGUGGUUGCAAAAUUAAGAGAUAAAAGCAUGUUGGAAAAUUCUAUAGUGGUUUUUUUGUCAGACAAUGGCGCUCAAACUGUAGGACUGUAUCAAAAUUAUGGUUCUAAUUAUCCAUUAAAAGGACUAAAAUUCACACUCUUAGAAGGUGGAAUACGGGGAUCGGCAGUUUUAUUUAGUCCACUUUUAAAAAAUAAGUCAUACAUUAAUAAACAUUUAAUGCACAUUACUGAUCUUCACUCAACAUUAAUUUAUGUGGCAGGAGGAAAUCCCUUGGAGAGACAAAUAGAUGGCAUCAACCAAUGGCACAGCAUAUCUGACAACACACCAUCUUUAAGAACAGAAAUAUUGUUAAAUAUUGACGACAUUAAUAAAUUCUCUGGAAUAAUUGGAAACAAUGGCAGAUACAAAUAUUUAAGAGGGUCAUAUAAUAAUGGAGAGUAUGAUGGCUCAUACGGUGACUCAGGCCGUUCAAAAAACUCUCCCCCAUACAAUAUAACAGAAGUUUUAAGUUCUGAUGUCAAUUUGGCCAUACAGGGACUGCAAAAUAGCAUUGAACUGACUAAAGAGAAAAUUAAUUUGCUGAGAAAUAAAUUAGACAUCAGCCAGUGUAAUGGUAGAACCAGGAUAAAAGAUACCUCUUGCUUAGAUGAAUGUGUGUUCGACCUUUGGAACGAUCCAUGUGAAACUGAAAAUCUUAUUAAAAAGAAGCCAUUAAAAAAGCUUUAUCUCUCAACAAAAUUGAAUAAAUAUAUAAAGGAAAUGGUGCCAUCACUAAAUAAAAAGAUUGAUCUUAGCUCAAAUCCCAUUAAUUGCAACAACACUUGGUACCCUUGGUUGGAUAGUGAUGGUUGUUUUACUAAUAAUUCACAUGUACUUUAUUAAAGAAAAUUUAUGAAAAAUCAGUUAGAAUUUAAAUAGAUAAUUGUUUAUUUAUUUAUUUAUACAGUUUUUUAUGUCAUAUGUCAUAUGUUUUUAAAUAGUUAAGACAUUUAGUUUAGUGACUAUUUAUUAAUAUGUAAUGAACUUUAUGCCUUUGACUUUAUUGAUUAUGUUAGAGAUACAAUCUGUGAAUUGUUACAUAAAUUUUAUGUCUUACAGUCUUUGUUAAAACAAAUAAUCUUGUUAUUGUAUAAAACUUUGGCAGAAUCUGUACUGUUUAUAGCUGCUUUGUAAAAUUAUUUUAAAAAUAUUCAUAUUAAUAUAAAUAUAAUAGAAUCUGA